CACAGCUCCCGCACCGCCGCAGCGCCCCCAUGCCCCACGCCCUCGCCCUCGAACUCCGACGACAAACCCUCCCCUGCGCGCCCUAGCCCAUCGCCGCCAUGCGCGGCGGCGGGCUGCUCCGGGCCCUGGCGGGCAGGUUGCGCGCGGCCCUCGUCGGCCGCAUCCGCUACGGCGGUGGCCGGGCCCACGGCGGAGGUGGCGGCCCGGCUGCGAGGGGAGGUCACGUGGUGAGGACCGAUGGAUCCACCGGCGAGACCGGGCGGGGCUCGUACCAGGGGGGAGGCUCGUACGGCGGGAGGAGCAGCGAGGGCGGGCAGGGCUCGUACCAGGCGGGAGGCUCUUGCGGCGGGAGGACCGGCGAGGGCGGGCAGGGCUCAUACCAGGCAGGAGGCUCAUACGGCAGGAGGUCCGGCGGAGACGGCACCGGGCAUGGACACGGAGGGAGCGCACGGGGUGGGCGCGGCGCGCGCGGAUCAGAGCAUGAGCAGGCCAACGGUUUCUGGGGAGGCCUUCGGCGCCGCCUGAAGAAGACGCUUGAUGAGCGUGACCUGCUGGAGAACCUCGAGGAGCUGAAUUACCAAGUGGAGCGAAUCGAAAGGAUCCAAAACUUGCCGGAGAGGAUCGCAGCCAUUGGGCAGAAGUUCCAUGAUCACUGGGUUACGGUCAGCCUUGCCUUCAGCACAAUGUAUGCAACUGUAUCAGGAAAGGUCCAGGACCAGGCCGUUUCAGUGAAGGCCAAGAUGAUUGACCAGGCUGUUUCAGUGAAGGCCAAGAUGAUUGGGGUGAAGGAUAAACUGAAGGAAAGGCUCUCUCCGCAGAAGGUCAGACCGAACGACGAUCAGCCGGAAGAUGAACCUAUUGCCAUACCAUUGGCAACAGAUUUCUCUCCAUGAGCCGGUACUGAAGACGGCUAAAACUUGCACGAAACACCGCCAGUUGUUAGAGACUAAACCAGCAUGAGCCGACAGAAAGUAAUGCGUGUAUUAGUCUCAUAACAACGCUUGUCUUUUUUUCAUCAGUGUCUUGCCGUAGCUUGUUAGAUACUGAUCACUGAAUCAGCUUCUGUUCUGGGCAAGUCGGGCAAAACCCAUCUUGCCAACAAUUACCUGAUGUGUGCUGGCUCAGUUCAUGAGCAGAUGGAUGCAUCUUUUGUAUGCGCUACUGUCAGGGCGAGAACAGUAGCAAAUUAGCUGCAACAGCCCUUGUAUGUUUGCGAAGUCCGCCCGCUGAAUCAGGGGCUGCCCUCUGCAUGUGAAAACUUACUCUUCAGUUGUAAGGACAAUUUCUUAAAUUCUCAGGCAACUUCAUGUCUUCUGUAUCAAAACACUGCUCAUUUCUGAUAAGAUUGUGGCCAAAAUGUAAAGCA